AUGCAGUCAUUUGCGCAUUCAGUUGGGAAGCCAUCGGUGGUCAUGCAAAAAUUAUUAUCAAAAUGGUGGAAAUUUUGCAUUAUAAGUGAAUUCUUAGCCGUAGUGUAUAUAUGUACGAUCAUCCAACCGGAAUACAGUGAACGAGCAAAAGUGUCGGAAAAUGCGUUACUCCCAGCUCUUGUCGCAGAAAGAUUCAAUUAUAAUGAGCGACUACACCGUUUUCGAACUGAACUUGUCAUCGAAAAAAAUCUUACGAGUUAUAUCAGAAGACAGCUUUUGACUUAUGGUAUCAUGACAGAAACUAUACAAUUUACUGCAACUCUUCCAGGUUUUGUAAGUUGUCAGCUUCUUAAUUUGUAG